UUUCUUUCCCUUCAUUCCUCUGUAAAACGUGCUUGCCUAUUCCGUGCAUUUUCUUUCACUCAGGGUUCAGCCAUACAAAGCUUCUCCUUCGUUGAAGCUCGCUCUCCCUCUUCCACUCGUUUAUCUAUCGUUCGCUCUCCAGUUCACUUUAAGCGAUUUCGCUUCCAUUUCUUCCAUAUUCACAUACCUAGGGCCUUACCGUUGCCCGUGAUACAUUAGUCUUCUGUCUUUGUACUCAUUGCGAAGAUAUCAUAAUGGUCGUCCUCAAGUACGCCCUUCCGGUUCUGGCUGCGGCCAGUGCCGUCUUUGCUGCCGACUGCGGUAGCGGCGAUACCAUCAAGAUCGAGAACCAGAGCGAUCUCGAGAAGUACAGCAGCUGCAAGACCAUCAAGGGUGACCUCAAGAUCGAAAAGCAGGCCGAGGGCGAACUGAGCCUCAAUGGCGUCCAGCAGAUCGACGGUAGCUUCACCUCCGAGGGGGCCGGCAACGUCACUUCCAUCUCCGCUCCCGAACUCAGCAGCAUCAAGGAGACCUUCCACCUGAACGGCCUCACCAGCCUCUCCUCCCUGAAGAUGGGCUCCCUCACCAAGGUCGGCUCCAUCGAGUUCACCGCCCUGCCCCAGCUGCAGAGCCUGGGCUUCGAGAAGGGUGUCACCGAUGCCGGCGAUGUCCACAUCGCCAACACCGGCCUGACCAGCCUCGACGGUAUCUCCCUGAAGCAGGUCGGCCAGCUCGACAUCACCGACAACCGGGACAUGAAGAAGGCCAACGUCGAGAACCUGAAGAACGCCACCGGUCUCAUGAACUUCGCCGGUAACUCGGAAUCCCUCAAGAUCUCCCUGCCCAACCUUGCCGGCGCCAAGAACAUGACCUUCCGCAACGUCAGCGACGCCUCUUUCCCCUCGCUCGAGAAGCUGUCCGGCCAGCUCGGCUUCUGGGGUCUCAAGUUCGAGACCUUCAGCGCCCCCAACCUGACCGAGACCGGUGACCUGGUCUUCAAGGGCAACGAGAAGCUCUCCAACAUCAGCAUGCCCAACCUCAAGACCAUCAACGGUGGCUUCCAGAUCACCCGUAACGACGAGCUGAAGUCGCUCGACUUCCCCAAGCUUGAGCAGGUCUCCGGUGCCAUUGACUUCAGCGGCAAGUUCGACGAGGUCUCUCUGGGUGCCCUCGAGAACGUCCGUGGUGGCUUCAACAUGCAGUCCACCGGUAACUUCAGCUGCGGCGAGUUCCGGAAGCUCCGUUCCGACAAGGUCAUCCGCGGUUCCUACAAGUGCGAGGGCGGCAAGAGCAACCCGACCUCCGCUGACGGCAAGUCGGGUGCCAGCGGUACCAGCAACGGCAAGAAUUCCGAGUCCAGCGAGGGUGCCUCCGUGAUGAACGUCGCCAACGUCCCUGCCAUGGGUAUGGCCGCCGUCUUCGGUGCCCUCCUCCAGUACGCCCUGUAAGGGAGUCGUCCAUAUCACGCCGUGCGCGAUCUUUCUGUUCCAAACCGUCUUUUAAGGUUGUUUUGUAGAGUUGCCUAAUACGCAAUCGGGCCCUGUUUUCUCGUCCAUUGCAGUUCUUAUGAUAAUAAUUGAAUUCGUUUUGAGCACUUUUUGGAGUGUUUCUUGAACACAUCCUUUUAUCAUAUUUCUUUCUUUUCUCGUUCCGACACGGUUGGAGCUGAACAUGAAGAAGAGAUGUUGGAAUCCGUAUGUGUGUCUGGGGGCUUCUCUUCACCAUUUGCUGUGGGCUAAGACCCAUUUUACUUUACAUGUUCUAUAGACAUUCCUUUGCCUGAUUGUGUGUUUGUAUGUUUGAAUUACAGUUUUUCUAACCAGCAAGAGUAGACUGUAAACUUGCCUUUGCAAAGUCAUCAACUCUGUAAGGCAAUCAAUUGUGGAUUUAACCUUUAGACC